GAUUGGUCGGUGCGUUGCUGGGAGAGUGUGAUUGGACGAGGAGUGCAGCUGCGCAGUGGCGGCUGUCGGAGAGCUGCCUUCCCGUUGCAGUGUGGCAGGCGAGCACCGGGUGACGAAUAAACCAUGUUCCGAAGGAAACUGCAAGCGCUGGAUUACCACAACCCCGCCGGCUUCAACUGUAAAGAUGAAACCGAAUUCCGAAACUUCAUAGUUUGGUUAGAAGAUCAGAAAAUCCGACACUACAAGAUCGAAGAUCGGGGAAAUCUAAGAAACAUACACAGCAGUGAAUGGCCGAAGCAGUAUGAGAAGUAUAUAAAGGACGUCACCUGUCCCUUCACAGUAGAAGAGCGUCAGGAGACGAUAGACUGGCUGCUGGGCCUGGCCGUACGUCUGGAGUAUGGGGAUAAUGCUUCUAAAUAUCAGGACGUAAAGCCGAUCACCACCGGAGCCCAGAAGCCUGCAGAACCGCUGAUCAACCUGGACGUUAAUAAUCCGGACUUCAAAGUGGGUGUUAUGGCUUUAGCGAAUCUGCUACAGAUCCAGAGGCACGACGACUACCUGGUGAUACUGAAAGCCAUAAGGAUUCUUGUCCAGGAACGAUUGUCUGCAGAUGUCGUAGCUAAAGCCAACAAUUCUAAAGAGGGUCUUCCUGUGGCGCUGGAUAAACACACACUGGGCUUUGACACCGGAGAUGCCGUUCUGAAUGACGCUGCCCGAAUCCUCCGAUUACUUCACGUUGAAGAACUCCGAGAACUUCAGACCAAGAUCAAUGAGGCCAUUGUAGCCGUUCAGGCCAUCAUUGCAGAUCCCAAGACCGACCACAGACUGGGCAAAGUGGGCAGAUGAGAACGGCUACGGACUGGUGGGCACCCUCCCAACCUGCUGCCAGUCACCCAGCAUGUAGUGCGCUCAUGUAUAAUAUCACAAGGUAAAAUAAAACUCACCCAAGCAGC